AUCACCCGGAAGUAGAACGACAACGGAAACGACGGUGGAAGAGUUGUUGAGUAUUGUCCAUUGUAGUCUUCAGUGUAUUUUUCUUUGCGCCAAUUAAAAAAAAAAAUCAAAAACACGAAAAGCGUUUGGAUUCGCUCGCUCGCUUCGCUUAAAUCUCACUGUUCACAACGCAAGCUAUGUCGGUUGCGCCACCCAGUCGUUCGACCACAGGUUGGCCGCGCGGUAGUACUGGUUCCGCUCAGUUUGGGAGCAAAUAUAUUACCGGGCCGGCGAAACCCCUCACCUUGGAGAGGACCAUCAAUCUGUACCCUCUCACCAACUACACGUUCGGGACCAAAGAGCCGCUGUAUGAGAAGGACAGCUCGGUGGCGGCCAGGUUCCAGCGGAUGCGCGAGGAGUUUGACAAGAUGGGAAUGAGGAGGACGGUGGAGGGCGUGCUGAUCGUCCACGAGCACAGGCUGCCGCACGUCCUUCUCCUUCAGCUGGGCACGACUUUCUUCAAACUGCCCGGUGGGGAGCUGAGUCCUGGAGAAGACGAGGUGGAAGGUCUGAAACGCUUAAUGACCGAGAUUCUCGGACGGCAGGAUGGCGUGAAGCAGGACUGGGUGAUUGAUGACUGCAUUGGCAACUGGUGGCGCCCCAACUUUGAGCCUCCACAGUAUCCCUACAUUCCAGCUCACAUUACUAAACCUAAGGAACAUAAGAAACUUUUCCUGGUUCAGUUGCAGGAAAAAGCACUGUUUGCUGUCCCGAAAAAUUAUAAACUGGUGGCGGCACCUUUGUUUGAGCUGUAUGAUAACGCGCCUGGAUAUGGACCCAUCAUUUCCAGUCUACCGCAGCUCCUUAGCAGGUUUAACUUCAUCUACAACUAAGAAGUCCCUUUCGGCUGUCUCUGUGAGCGCAGCCCAGUCGAAGUGGAACCCGAAGAUCAUUUGGAGAAUGCAGAAAAAUUCUGCUUCUCAUCUUCAGCUUCACUUUCACAUGAGAUAAAUGUUCUGUACUGAAUAUCGUGACAGUCCACAGUGGCGUCCAGCUAUACUCUUGUCAAAAAAAAAAGUUUUCUUUUUAAUCUUGUUGCCGGGUUUUGUAGAAGAUUGCUUUAUGGUGACUUUGAUUUUAAGCCUUCUCAGAAAAGGUUUGAUUAGACCAACAAUUACUUUGUGUUUACUGUUAUUUUAAACUACAUUGAUCCCUUCCCCUUUUUUAAUAAAAAAAAAAAAAGUCA